CAAUAAAAGGAUAACCAUCUUGAGGAAAUUGCAACUAGUCCCUAUCUCCCACAUACUCCCCCGUCUCCCAAAAUCUCCAUUCAAAAACAAAGCAAAUUAGAUAUCUAAAACAGAGAAAAAGAGCAAGAUUUAGAACAAUGAAAGAGAUGGUGCAAAAAAAUAUCACUUCAAUUCUUGAAGCUAUGCAAGCUAAGCCCAUGCUACUCUUCUUCUUCGUUAUCCCUCUCUUCUUAUUCAUUUUCUCCACGUCUCGCCGGAAACGUUAUCCUCCAGGCCCAAGAGGGUGGCCUCUCAUUGGUAAUAUGAUGAUGAUGGACCAGUUAACUCACCGUGGACUUGCCAAAUUAGCCCAAAAAUAUGGCGGCAUUUUUCACCUUAAAAUGGGUUAUGUCCACAAAAUUGUAGUCUCUGGCAAAGAAGAAGCUCGGCAAGUACUACAGGUACAAGACAACAUAUAUUCGAACCGUCCAGCGACCGUAGCAAUCAGUUACCUAACAUACGACCGUGCGGACAUGGCUUUUGCUGACUAUGGACCCUUCUGGCGCCAGAUGAGAAAAUUAUGUGUCAUGAAACUCUUCAGUCGCAGACGAGCUGAGUCAUGGGACUCAGUUCGUGACGAAGUGGAUUCAAUGGUCAGGAUUGUGACAACCAACACGGGCACAUCCGUCAACUUAGGGGAACUUGUUUUCGGUCUCACUAGUAACAUUAUCUACCGAGCUGCUUUCGGAACUUGUUCGGUAGAAGGAAAAGACGAGUUCAUUAAAAUUUUGCAAGAAUUUUCUAAGCUAUUUGGCGCGUUUAAUAUUUCUGAUUUCAUACCAUGGCUAGGGUGGGUUGGCCAGCAAGGUCUAAAUGUUAGACUUGCUAAAGCACGUGCCGAGCUUGAUGGGUUCAUCGAUUCAAUUAUUGAUGACCAUAUUGAGAGAAAGAAGGCUAAUGUUAAUGGUACUAACGAGGAUGGUGAUCGAGAAACUGAUAUGGUGGACGAGCUUUUAGCGUUUUACGGUGAGGAAGCAAAAGUAAAUGAGUCGGAAGAUAAUUUGCAGAAUGCUAUCAGGAUUAAUAGGGAUAAUAUCAAAGCUAUCAUCAUGGAUGUAAUGUUUGGAGGGACAGAAACAGUGGCUUCUGCAAUUGAAUGGGCUAUGGCAGAGCUUAUGAGAAGUCCUGAGGACCUUAAAAAGGUGCAACAAGAACUAGUUAACGUUGUUGGACUCGACAGGAAGGUCGAAGAAUCCGACAUUGAAAAAUUAACCUACUUAAAAUGUUGUCUAAAAGAAACUCUACGUCUCCACCCUCCAAUCCCUCUCCUCCUCCAUGAAACCGCGGAGGAAUCCACCAUGUCCGGCUAUUAUAUUCCGGCAAAGUCACAUGUUAUAGUCAACACAUUUGCCAUUAAUCGUGACAAACAUUCAUGGGAAGAUCCUGAAACUUAUAAACCAUCUAGGUUUCUCAAAGAAGGUAUGCCUGAUUUUAAAGGAGGUAACUUUGAGUUUUUACCAUUUGGGUCGGGCCGGAGGUCUUGCCCCGGUAUGCAACUUGGGCUUUAUGCAUUGGAUAUGGCUGUGGCCCAUCUUCUUCAUUGCUUUACUUGGGAAUUACCUGAUGGGAUGAAACCAAGUGAGCUUAACAUGGAUGAUAUUUUUGGACUCACUGCUCCAAGGGCUAAUCGAUUAGUGGCUGUGCCUAGUCCACGUUUAUUAUGUCCACUUUAUUGAAGGAAAUAUGGGGUAUUUUCCACCUGUAUACGGAUUGAUAUACACAAAUUCAUGGGCACAAAAAAGGAAGGGCCUUGGUGAGGAGUAUAUUAUUGGAUUGUUUGGAUAUUUUUACCUUUAUUUUGUAUUUUUCCAUUAAAUGUAACAUAGAUGUGUAUACGUAAUGAAGAGGCGCCAAAGCAAAAGGACGAAAAUAUUGCUUGAAAGGGAAAGAGGGAGGAAUUGAAUGGUAGUUGUGUAUAUGGGACAAUAUCUGUUUGCCUUUGAUUUCUUUUGUUACGACAUUUUUUUGUAAAUGUCGCCUCGUGUUUGUUAUUUCUACUUUGAAAGAUAAUAAUCAAAAUCCAAUAAAGACUUCUUGAUCCUUGUUGAUUUA